AACAAGAUUGUGGACCAGUGUGAGAGGCUGCAGUUACAGAGUGCUGGCAUCACCAAGUAUGUGGCUGAGGUCCUGGAAGGGAAGAACCAGAAGGCAGUGAUGAUGGCCAGUGCAGCGAGGGAACUGGUCAUCCAGAGGCUGAGUCUGGUGAGGAGCCUGUGUGAGAGUGAGGAACAGCGAUUACUGGAGCAGGUGCACGGUGAAGAGGAGCGGGCCCACCAGAGUAUCCUGACUCAGCGGGUACACUGGGCUGAUGCACUCCAGAAGCUGGAAUGCCUCCGCAACAGCAUGGUGGACAUGCUCACCCACCUGAAUGACCUCCAGCUGAUUCAGAAGGAGCAGGAGAUUUUUGAGAGGGCCGAGGAAGCAGAGGGCAUUUUGGAGCCCCAGGAUUCGGAGAAAUUAAGCUUUAAUGAGAAGUGUGCUUGGAGCCCACUAUUGACUCAACUGUGGGCAACAUCGGUUCUCGGGUCUCUCUCAGGCGUGGAGGAGGUGCUGAUCGACGAAAGGACUGUCAGCCCCUUACUGCAUCUGUCUGAAGAUCGAAGGACCCUGGCCUUCAAUGCCAAGAAGUCUAAGGCCUGCUCAGAUGACCCAGAGCGCUUUGACCACUGGCCCAAUGCCCUUGCUGCCACUGCCUUCCAGACUGGGCUCCAUGCCUGGAUAGUGAACGUUAAACACAGUUGUGCUUAUAAAGUGGGUGUGGCCUCAGCUCAGCUUCCCCGAAAGGGUCCUGGCAAUAACUGCCGCCUGGGCCACAAUGCCUUCUCCUGGGUCUUCUCCCGCUAUGAUCAAGAGUUCUGUUUCUCACACAAUGGGCAGCAUGAGCCUCUGGCACUACUUCGGUGCCCAGCACAGCUGGGCAUACUGCUGGACCUGCAGGCAGGAGAGCUUGUCUUCUAUGAGCCUGCCUCAGGGACGGUGCUUCACAUCCACCGUGCGUCCUUCCCUGAGAGGCUCUUCCCAGUCUUUGCUGUGGCUGACCAUAUAAUCUCCAUCCUUCGCUGACCUCUGGCCACAGUGAAACCCGAUCCACCGCCCCAUCACCCUUGCAGAUCAGGCCAUGCUUCUAGCUAGUGUCCUUUUCCUUGAUGAUAUAUGAGCAGUGUUCCCCAUGGGCAACUUUUGGAGCGAUGGGGAUCUGCUUCAGACUCAGACAUAACCCUUUUGAUGUUGGUCAUCUGUGGGAACCCUGCUGCUUCUCUCUUGGCCUUAAUCUCCCAAACCCAUCAUGCUUGCGACCUUCCAAGUGUCUCAUUAACCUGUGUCUCUGGCAUCCAGCAUGGUACCUUGUGCAUGGCUAAUAUACAGCAAGGUACAGUGAUGGAGCAAAUGGUUAAGCAGGCAGGUGACCAGUGGUGUAGCAGUUUCUGGAGAAGCACUGCAGUCCCUGAAAAUGCCUUGCUGCAGAGAAGCUUGUACUGAGCCUUCCCUAGCCUCUCAGUUCAGUAUUUCUUGGUCUUUUUCAUGAUACACUAUGUGAAGAGAGUAUUUUUCCAGCAUACAAAGGACACCCUGUCAGGCUCCUGUUGGCCAGAACACUGUUGUGGGAGUGUGGUCUCCUCCUCCCACAUUCUGCUGAGGCAUCAGUA